GAAAAAUAGGCGGCAGGGAAAACUCGGCUGGAGCGAGAAGCGACCUCGCGAGUCCAUGGACUUCUUGACUUUCGCGAGGUCGCGAGGUCGCAAGGAAAGCAGCCCUGUCACGCGGAUUCCACAAAGGAAGAGUUGCCAACUUCAAACUUUCCCCUUCGCACCCUUGUAGCCGUAGCACAGGCCAAACAAUUCUGAAGUCCGCCCAACCUUGCCCCUGUUAGGGGUGUGGGCCGGCUCCCACACCCCUAACGUUCAUAAUGGUUCAAAAUACUAGCACCCGUAAGGUGUCGCUGCGAAGCGUUUGCAAGGACGAGGCAACGCUCGCAGCAAUUAGGUUCAAGGUAGAUUUUGUGGCCACGCCCCUUCGGUACCGCCUGCUGGACUUCCUGCGGCACUUCGUCGUCUGCCGAACGGACCCCGCCUUCCACUGCGCGGUCUGCGACACCAAGUGGCGGGAGCAGUGCGGACUGGCUGCGCGGCGUCAAGGACUGCGCGAGCGGGCUGACGUCUCGCCACAACAGCACGUCUUCCACCGGCGUGUGCCAACCAUCGACAUCAACCUGCUGCAGGAGUCCGCGGCGCUCAUCACAACGUCCACGCAUCGUCGCCAACGCCAAAGCCUCCUGUCGCAUUUCUACGAUGCGCACUUUGCACCGCUGCUGAGCGAGGACACGGGUGGCCCGGCCAUCGACAUCACGGCGCACCACCAGGUACGGGUCACUCCCUGGGACCGCGGUCGUGAAUGCGUCCGCGAACGAGACAUUGUAGGCAGGGAGCUGCUUGGCAGCCUUUGGUGCAGCUUUUGAGAUGUAAGCAAGUACGCCC